UCUCACUGCUUACCUGCGUCCAUGACCAACAUUCUUCAGCCCAUUCGCGGCCAUUCCCGAGUUCCCAUUGGCCCCGGGCGGGGCCUCUGGCCGUGAUGACGUCAUCAUUGCCCCUGCAGUGUGAAUGAAUCAAGCUGCUUGUGCGAUCCACACCAAAAGACCACGGCGAAAACCGCAGGCUCGGAGGAUAUUCCAGGAUAAAAAACGCAGCUGGGAUUCUAACAGAGAGGGGGAACAUUAACUCAAAAGACGGGCGCAUCUCUAUUUUAUACAUUAUUUUAAAUUUGCUUUUAUAUGACAUAGACGGGAGAUUCGCAGCCUUCCGUUUCUGAGAGUAUUUAUGUGUGUUUUUUAUCUUGUUGGAUCACAAUGAUGCAAAGUGCGGCUGUUCUACCGACCGAGAGUCCUGUCAAGGGUCUACCAGAGAUACUCGGAGUGCCAAUGCAACAAAUUCCCCAUUGCGCAGGUUGCAGUCAGCACAUCCUGGACAAGUUCAUACUGAAGGUGCUGGAUCGACACUGGCACUCCAAAUGUCUGAAGUGUGCCGACUGUCAGGCUCUGCUGGCCGACAAGUGUUUCUCGCGGGCGGGGAAUGUAUACUGCAAAGAGGAUUUCUUCAAACGCUUCGGGACGAAGUGUGCGUCGUGCCAACAGGGGAUCCCCCCGACGCAGGUGGUACGGAAGGCCCAGGACUUUGUGUAUCACCUGCACUGUUUCGCCUGUGUGAUGUGCAGCCGACAGCUGGCCACCGGGGAUGAGUUCUACCUCAUGGAGGAUGGCAGACUGGUGUGCAAGGAAGACUACGAGACCGCCAAACAGAACGACGAUUCUGAGGCAGGCGCUAAGCGACCGCGGACCACCAUCACAGCCAAGCAGCUGGAGACCCUGAAGAGCGCGUACAAGAACUCGCCCAAGCCCGCCCGCCACGUGCGCGAGCAGCUCUCCUCCGAGACGGGCCUGGACAUGAGGGUGGUGCAGGUCUGGUUCCAGAACCGGCGCGCCAAGGAGAAGCGCCUGAAGAAGGACGCCGGGCGGCACCGCUGGGGCCAGUUCUACAAGACGGUGAAGCGCAGCCGGGGGGGCAGCAAGACGGAGAAGGAGAGCUCGGCGGAGGACGGAGGCCUGAGCGACAGCGAGCUGAGCUUCAGGGAGGACCAGAUCCUGUCUGACCUGGGCCACAAUAACGGCCUGUACGGGAGCGUUGGCGACGUGGGGAACGGGAACCUGCUAAACGGGGGCUUCUCCCUGGAUGGCGCCGGCCAGCCUUACCAUGACUUGCGGGCGGGCAGUCCCUACGGCCUCCCCCAGUCGCCGUCCUCCAUCGCCUCCCUGCCCGGCCACACCCCGCUGCUCAACAACCUGGGCUUCGCCAUGGACAGCAUCAUGGCGCAGGGUGGGCAGGGCGGAGUGGGCCAGGCUCUGAGGGCCAUGGCGGGGGGGCCCACCUCUGACCUCUCCACGGGGAGCAGCACGGGGUACCCUGACUUCCCCACCAGCCCCGCCUCCUGGCUGGAUGAGAUGGACCACUCCCAGUUCUAAGGCCUCCGAGUGGCGGUCCCACUGUACACAUAGUAGACAGAGGAAAGACAAACAGACAAAGUGAGCUUUUUACAUUUCUAUUUUACCAGAACUGAUGUUUUGUCUUCUGAGAAGGGGGAAAGGGGGGCAGGGUGUGGAGACCAUGCUUCAGCCACACCAGCCCCCUGAAAACAAACUGCAGAAGCCCACUGCUCCUGUCAUCACCACACCAAAAUGGUGGAAGUUAGGCUGGAGGUGGCCAGGAAGUGAUGUCACAGAAUGCAGGAGGUCACCGAAAGGUGCCAGAUGUACAGGCAGAUCUGGCAGGGGGGGCACCAGGGGAAUGAUGCCAUAAUUGUCGCUGUUUUACAUUUAUUUAUUGGUUUCUUUCUUGUUAAAACUGUAUUUAUACAGUUCCAGCAUGGAUUUGUGUGUGAAGGUGAUGGGUUAUCUUCAAACCCACAGGCAAGAAAAAACAUCCUUCAGAGCUAUUCGGACCACAGUUACAGUUGCACAGAAAAAGAAAAUUUGAGCUCUUCUGCAUGAUUCUGAAUGAUAACAAUUGCCGUUCAUGUCAAAGCCUUUUCAUUGGCAAUGCACUUUACACUUCUCUUCUGCACAUAGACAGUCAAAAUUGAAGAGAGAUGAAUGCACAAUGCAGACAGCAGCAGUUAAAUGUUUCAUUCUACGACCGCUGUUUCAGGAAGUUGCACUUAUCAACUACUGUUAUCCUGAAUGAAUCAACACAAAUGCAUAGGAGGUGAUUCGGUGAUUGUUUGUGGCUUGACACAUCUAAGCAGGUGUUCAUCCGUUUGUGCUACAUACACUGCAUUAUCUAUUCAUUUCUGUGAUCCCUGACCCCAUAAUUCCAAUGGUCAAAGAAGGCAAAAAUUUACUCACGAAGAUUUAUAAAACACCAGGAGAGGAGGAGGCUUGAAUCAUGCACUCAGUUUGUCAGCUGUGACUUACAGUAUAUGAAAGGUCUUUAAACAUUGACAACUGGAAACGAGGGGUAAUGCAGACAUCGAUGUCUUGAGAACGUCUGACACCAAGCUGUUCUCUGAAGCCUGACUGGGAUCGGGUGUUGGCUUUUUGGGACAGUCUUAUUUUGAACCAGAGGCACAGUUGUGGCUGGCCCGCAACAGACCCACAGUGCUACAGAGUCCUGGGGGAGGGAGCCCUGUUAAACAGACUUGCUCAGAUUCACCUUCUGUGUUGUUCCUUUGGCAUACCAUCGCUGUCUGGUUUAACGGAGGCGAAAGCUCAUGUGUAUGAUUCUAGGAUGUUCCUCAUACUCCCAGAGUCCUCUCUGCUGAGGCAGAGUGAGAGGAAAGGGAGGAGAGUAGAAGAGCACACAGGCCUCACCGUGUCUGUUUUCUCUGACACCCCCCAGACAACACCGUGGGUUUCUGGGCUCUGUGAGGGUCCCCGGCCUUUUUGAGAGCAGUUUCUCCUCUCUCUUGCAGCAGUGAAGCCGGGAGGUAGCUUUUGCACAUUAAAUUAUCCUGAGAUUCAGCGCAGUCUAUCGUGGGAUUAAAAACAUUGGGACUGCCAAAUUUCUUAAUACCUUAGGCUAGCUGUGGAUUUUAAUGAAAGCGUAACAGUAUAACAAAAUUGAUUAUUUCUGUAGGUCAGAAAUAUUAUGAAAGAGUCACACAAGGCAUGCACAUUUAUUUAACAGUGGCGAUCAAAGCCUCCCAUGAAUGUUGUCAGUUUGUUAAAAAAAAAAAAAAGGCUGCAUCUCAUUGAUGGUCAUAUAGAAAGGAAUCAUCGUCAGGAGAAUUCUUCAGAAAGUGUUACAUUUUGGCUGGUCUCAAAUGGCUUUCUCAGCAGAUAAUUGUACGACGUUAUAACACACAUAUUCAUGAAUACACACAAAAGGGAAUAAGAAGCUGGUAAUGCUAACGCAGCUAAUUGGUCUGAUGUCAUGUUAUUUUAAUAGUGUGUUAUGAUAUAAUAGCCAGCGUCUUGGGGGCUCCAUGUCUCUUCUGACCAGUUAUAAGCCACGUUUGUUAGUAAUGCUCAUGUCGUGUUGCUAUUUUUGUCUGUCACCUAUUAUUUUAAUGCCUUCCAUGGUGCAUCAGAACAUACCUCCAGUGUACAUAAAGAAAACUUUUUAAAGAGCAGGAAGUAAAAAAAAAAAAUAGACAUCAUGUCACAGUCACUGUUUGGAUAGGGAUAAUAUGAAAUUCAGCACGGAGGUAAAUAAAUGAAGAUUUGUGGAAUGCCAAUGAACGCAAUACCAGAUUAAGAGUUCAGCGUUUUUAUGUUAGUUUGAGUUUCUUUCAGAGUCAUUUGCCAAAUGGCAGACUGUAAUGCGGCUGGGGCAACCAGAAAUAGAACAGUAAGCCAGCUAACAAAAUACAAAAUAAAGAAAAAAAAGACACUAAACUACACUACACACAUGCACCCUCACUCUCUCUCUAUCUUACACACACACACACACACACACCCAUACAUACAUACACACGCAUAUAAAUAUAUAUUAUAUAUUUAAAAUACUUUCUGUUCAAACGUUGUUGCCUCAGAACUUUGGAGUCUUAAUUGUUGUAAAUUUUGUACAGUUUCAAAAAGGUGUUGAGAGUCUUGUUUCAUGAGCACUAUUUAUUGCCAUGUGUCUUUGAAAAUGAAAAAAAAAAAGAAAGCACUGAAUCUAUUCGUAUAUGCCUUCUGUGUGACGGCAUGACCUGUGUACAGCAAAAAUCUAUAUGAGCAAAUAAAGCUGAACAGUCUUUGGGUUA